AUGGGAGCAUCAGGAUCUUCCGUGGAACCUCGCGAGGGCGAAGUUGGCGGAGGUCGACUGCGAGAAGAUAUGAGACUCUAUCAUCUUGUUGAUAUGCAUGGAGGGGGAGAAAUGAUGACAAUGAUGAGGUCACUGAUCCGGAUAAUCGACCCUCGUACGUGCAUGCAUGCCUCCUGCCUUCAAAAAUCUCUUUUUGAAAAAUAUUCAUUCUCAUUUAGAUAUGCCAAAGCUACAAAUGAUUAUGCAUUUGUCGAUCAUUACAUCAAGACACGCAUAUCAGAGUUUCUUCUUAACAACGAAAAAGGCAAACUGUUUGCCAUAACAGAGCUGGUAACACUUCGAAAUAAGGAGAGAAAUGCGAAGCUGGGAGCAUUUCUUCGAAAAAAAGGCAAAGGUAAAGCUGCAGUGAAUGUGCUGGAAGGCUUUGAUCAGAACGAUGCAAAGACGGGAGACCUUAAAAAAGCCCUCAAACUUCUCGACGGCGGAGGCAAAGGAGGCAAAUCUGAGUCAAAAUAUCGAGAACUGAAUUGGAAAUUGGACGAGCGAGGUUCUAUGGGAGAGACAAUUAUCGGUGUUUGUCUGUUGCAAGGAACCACAAUCCAUAACCUAUUGGCGCUACGCAUUCUGGAUUUCUACCCGAAACUGCUGAAUGAUAUAUGCACAUCAGAGGACUACUACGGUAAGUUCAAUGCUUUUGAAUAUCUUUGA